GGAGGCAUUACUGAAAGAGGGAAUAGGAGGUGAAAACCGUGACCAACAGACUGUGGUUUCCACUUCACCAUCUUCUUCAGGUUGGUUUCAUCAAUUUCCUUCCAAGGGAUAUGUAAAGAAGACAUGCCUAUGGAACAUUAAUAUGGUGGGAAUUUGGAUUUGUUGUACAAGCAUGUAUACGCUCUGCAUAUCUGGUUCGGAGGUACAUGUAGGGUUGCCUGCCUGCAAGGAACAUUGAGUAAAUUCUUCAGACCAAGCUGUCACUGUCAAAAUUGAGUGAAUGCCUACGGGUAAUUUCUCAUUUGGCAGCAUCUAAGCGUGGGGAUUUCAGGAUGUGAUUGUUGCCUCCUUGAUAAGAUGGAGAAUCCUCUAGCAUUGCUUGGGCAAUAUAGUGACGAUGAAGAAGAGGAUGCGGAAGCAGCAGAUCAACCCACUGGUGAAACUAAGGGGAGUCCAAGAGAUGCAAGUGUUCAUGUAAUUUACCUUCCCAUUCUGUCCUGUCUCUACCCUUUUCGUGAAGCUGAAGGUAACUCACGAGUGUGGUAACACAGCCAGUGAUAAAGGCGAGGCACAUACUGAACCGUCAGUUUCUGUUGGUGAUCAACAAGAAGCACCUCAAGCUGGUGAAGUUAAGAACUACACUCAAAAUGUUGCUGAAGAAAACACUGAUGCUCCUGAGCCAACUCUAGAAAACGAGAGUGCGGCAGCAGGUGAAGCUAUUCCUGGUUCAUCCGGCAUGCAAAUUGUUGGUGACAUUGGUGGGAAUUGGAAAGCAGUAAUGCAUGAACAGAGUAAUCAGUGUUAUUACUGGAACACGGUUACCGGAGAAACUUCUUGGGAGAUACCUAAUGGAUUAACUUCAGGAGUCGCAUCUGAUGGAGUCGCAUCUGCAUCUGUUCCUACUCAUAUGGACUAUUCUAUAGAAGCUCAAGCGCAUGUCCUUCACCAGAACACUCUAGAAGCAUACCCAAGUGAUUCGUCUGUUGUGAAUGGCACAGCAACUUAUGCAAGUUUUGGAAUGGAAUGUGGAAGUGCACAUAUUACUCAAGAUGCUUAUGCUUAUACAGCACCUGUCGCGAGUCAUGAGUCUAUGGACAUUGAUCCCUUGCAUCUUGCUAAAUAUGGUGAGGAUUUGCUGCAAAGAUUGAAGCUGCUGGAAAGGCUCCAUGGUUCCAAUGAAGGUCUUGAAUUGAUAAGAAGAGAAAUUGGUAUACGAAUCUCAGACUGCAAUGCACUCUCAUCAUAUGGAUCUUCUUUGCUCCCAUUGUGGUUACAUGCUGAGGUGCACCUUAAGCAACUAGACUCUUCCAUUUCCGAGUUGGAAACUAGCUAUUGCACAGAUACAGAACCUAGACAUUCGAAGACAGAGGUUGCUGAACACAAGGCACCUAAUGGAACUGACAUGAUGGCUCCCUCCAAUGGUGAGGAUUUGAAGUCUGAGGUUAGCACUGGGAUUACUAUUGAUGAAAAUGUUAAGAUUGAGGAUCCGGCUUCAGCAUCAUUUGAUCAAAAUUCACAAGAUAGGGAUGCUGCAGCAGUUCCUUCAAAAGUUGAAUCUGACGAUGAUGAAGAUAUGGAUGUGGAAAUGGAAGUUGAUGAUGAUAAUGUUGCAGAGCAGGUGCAUUCAAGUUUCGUACAUAAUAAGGAGCAUCUUCCAUCAGAACAAGUAAACUCACCAAAUUUGCCAUCGUUGGAAGGUCCUGCUGCUCCUCCUGAGGAUAAUGAUGUUCCUCCGCCACCACCAGAAGAAGAAUGGAUUCCACCCCCACCACCUGAUAACGAACCAGUUCCUCCACCUCCUCUAGAAGAGCCAGUUGCAUCAUAUGUUCACACCGAUACAAUUCCUCAGCCAUAUAUAGGUCAAGCAAAUGUGAGCUAUACACUUUCAGGAAUGGACUACUAUUCUGCUGGAAGUACGGAAGGUACAAAUGCCAAUUACUAUAUGCAAGUGAGUGAGCCUCAUGCCCUUCAAGUGCAGCAGCAUUCUUAUUAUGCACCAGUAUCUGCAAGUGGCAUAUCUGUUCCUGUUGAUGGCACAUCUAUUGCCCCACAAUCUUACUAUGCCUAUCCUUCAGUCACUAUAGCUGCCAGUGGACUAGCACCUGAACAUUCUGGAUACUAUACUUCUUUAGCCUCCGCCAUUUCUAGCAGUGCAGUAGAUAUCAAAACAAGCUCAGCCUCUCUUGUUUCUGCAAAUAGCAAUUCGGAUCCCACAGGGUCUGUUAAAGUUAUAUCCAAGGAUGCAAGUGUUUCGCCUUUAAGCCAAACUGCAGUAGCAACAUCAGCUGCAGGAGCAUCAUCCGUGCUCGGAAGCUCUACACAGGCUUCUUCUAGUACCACAAAGCAGACUAAAGUUAUUCGUAGCAAGAAGCGAGCUGUUGCUGUUACAUCAUCCCUGAGGUCUAAUAAGAAGGUUUCGACUCUGGUGGAUAAGUGGAAAGCUGCAAAAGAGGAGCUUCGUGAUGAAGAGGAAGAAGAACCUGAAAGUGCUUUGGAAGCACUAGAAAGGAAGCGUCAGAAGGAAAUAGAGGAAUGGUGGAAACAACAGAUAGCUAGCGGCGAAGCUCAACAAAAUGCCAAUUUUGUUCCGGUCCGUGGUGACUGGCGUGACCGAGUGAAACGCAGAAGAUCAGAAGCCAAAAAAGAGUCAAAAGAAGAGUCUAUUGCUGCAUCAUUAAGUAGUGCCGAACAGCAUAAAGGUCCUGAUCUUGCAGAGCUCUCCAAGGGUCUUCCUUCUGGUUGGCAGGCAUACUUGGAUGAAUCUACUACGCAGGUCUACUACGGGAACAGCCACACGACAGAGACGACCUGGGAGCGGCCGACCAAAUGAAUAUAGGACUCAUUAGAUCAUGUAGCGUCUGUGUUUGAUUGAUGACCCAGUUUUUGUUUCAGAUACCCCCCUGUUGCAUCUUAAAAGAGUGAUAGUGUCAACCAUGUUUUGAGAAGCAUUAUGGAAAGUAGACUUUUCAUUA